AUGGCCAGUACUCGACAGCUUCCUGAAGAUUUGUGGGACCCCCACCAUGCCCAAAUAUCUGGGGCACCUGUUCUCUUCAUUCAACUAAAGAUAGUUGACUACAAUGAUACAGGCGGGCCAUUUGAGCUUGCAUACAAUUUCCUGAAGCCAUACUUCCUGUGUGGUGGGAUUGAGUACCAUGAAGCCUUUGACAUUGCUGCAACUGCAAAGGCUGUCAGCUAUCAACAAGGCAUAAAUGUCAUGGUACACGCCCUCAAGAAGCAAGGCAAGUGGGACCAUGUCAUGAUAGGGAUCUCCAACCACACGGACAAUGACAAUGGCAACCCAUUUGCAGGUACCUCAUCAAAAACGCAUCUGAAUGAUACUUAUGGCUCUUUUGCUGUGAUAUCUAUGCUUCAUUUUACAUGUCAUCUUCUUCUCACAUUCGUUGAGAUCAUACUCAAGUGGUUUACCAUUGUCAACUCAUUUCCGCACAUGCUGGGACAAUCCUUUAAGCUUGGAUGCCACACAAAUAUCUUUUUGAUGACACCAGACAAGGGCCAACUAACGGUGACCAGAGCAAGAUGGACACAGAAAAAAAUUAAGGAAGACUUGCUUGAGGAGAUCAAUAACUUCAACAAUCUGGAUCCUGAGUUAGAGGAUGACUUAGACCAUGGGAGUGUUAAUGACAUUGAUGACAAUCAUUCAACAUUCACUUUCACCUCAGUUGCACUUGACAACAAGGCACGGAACACAGGUGUCCUUGAUCCUAUCCUGAAUGUGCCCAUGGGACAUGGAAUGCCAGCUCCAUCAAGUAGUGGUCAUUGUCCAGCUAGCUUGAUGCAGAAAGUCAUGACUGGUCUUGCAAGGCAUGAGGUGCAGCCUGUUGUGCAAACAGAGUCAAAGUGGAGUAUGAUGAAAAUGCAGGCUUGCUACAAUCUUGAUGGUAUGAUAGCACCAGACCAGUUUUGA